AGAAACAUUUCUCACCAGUUACUGUCACUUUUCUGUGUCGCUCAGCUGCCAGUCUCAUCCAGCAAGACGGCCAAAAUUUUCUCCUUCCAAAGCAAGAGGAACAGGAAAGGAUAGUCGCGAAAAAGUUGCUAAAAACGAACACCUCCAGCGCCUGAGUGUACUUGCGGGAAGGCCAUAAUGGCUUCACUAAUUUUGGUAAACGGUGCCCAGCUGGCCAAACAGCAAUCCGGUGCCCUGGGAAUUAUUUGCCUGAAGGCUAAUUACAGCUCGGAUGCCCCCCGUAAACUGAAAUCGACCAAUCUGGCCGAGAUGAAACGCGGUACCGGUGGUAGGUCGAGCUUCAACGGAGUUGUGGCCACGGUUUUCGGAUGCACCGGGUUCUUGGGUCGCUACGUGUGCAAUAAGCUUGGCAAAACUGGUUCGCAAUUGAUUCUUCCUUACCGUGCUGAUCAUUAUGAAGCCUUGCGCUUGAAGCUGGUUGGCGAUCUAGGGCAGGUUCUGUUCACUCCGUACCAUCUGUGCGAUGAAGAAUCAAUUUACAAAGCUGUGAAGCACUCAAACGUCGUCAUCAACUUGGUUGGUCGCGAUUGGGAAACGAAGAACUUCACCUUCGACGAUGUCCAUGUUAAGGGUGCUCGGAGAUUGGCGCGCAUCGCUAAGCAAGCUGGAGUAGAGAAGUUUAUCCAUCUUUCCAGCAUGAAUGUCACUCCCAAUCCAGAACCGAUUCUAACCAAGGAGGGCAGUAAGUUCCUCAAAAGCAAGUACUACGGCGAGUUGGCUGUCCGCGAGGAGUUCCCCGAGGCUGUCAUCCUCCGCCCGGCUGACGUUUAUGGCCAGGAGGAUCGCUUCUUGCGCUACUAUGCUAACAUAUGGCGUCGUCAGUUCCGUGCCAUGCUUCUGUGGUACAAUGGUGAACGGGCCUUCAAGCAGCCCAUCCAUUGCUCGGACGUGGCGCAGGGUAUUGUGAAUGUUAUUAAGGACUCGGACAGCCAGGGUCAAACCUACCAGGCGGUUGGUCCCCGUCGGUACAAGCUGUCCGAACUGGUUGACUAGUUCCAUCGGGAGACGCGCAAGGAUGCCGAUUGGUGGGGCUAUUGGCGUUACGAUCUGCGCUACGAUCCGACCUUUAUGAUGAAGGUGAAACUGACCGAGCUGAUUAGUCCAUCGUUCCCGCUGGGAGUCGUCGAGAGGGAGUACGUGACCGAUGAUGUGAAGAAGGGUGUACCGACGCUGGAGGAUCUGGGCGUGAAUCUGACGCUGAUGGAAGAUCAGGUACCAUGGGAGCUGAGACCCUUCCGGGCUGCACUGUAUUACGACGCCGAGUUGGGCGAAUUCGAGAAACCAGCUUUACCCAAGUUCGUACAUUAAGUCCUCCACAGCAGACCACACUGGCGGCAGACAAGAACGUAACUCUAUGGCUGGUCAUCAUGGGCUACAGUUAUUUGAUUUGAUUGUAACAGCAGUUAAGUAAUAUUUCGAAAUUAAAAUUGAUCGAAAACGGA